AGCUUCGUAGAACCCUUACAGUUACAGUUACAGUGCCGGCGAGAGUGAGGAACUAAGGAAGCAAGGAACCCUAAACAUUAUUUUCCGAUCAUUUCGAUUAUUAAUUAAAAAGGAACAUGGCAUCCGCCGCCGGCGCCACCGCGAGGUCGAUUUUCCGGUCAUGCUCUGCUCGCCGCGCCGCUUUCCGUCUCGGCGCCGAAGCUAAAGCAGCUCGUUCUCCGUUCCGUCUUGGCUCAAACAAACCUCCGCCACAAUCCAUGCUUAGGUGUCCUGCGGAAUUGAGCUUCUGUGUGGAAUCAAUGCUGCCUUACCAUACGGUCACUGCAUCAGCACUGAUGACUUCCAUGCUCGCUGUCUCUCGCCGCAGUUACGGUUGGCUCUCGGAAGGUAGCUAAACAUCUGUGUCAUUCCUUGUGUUCUUUCUUCAAUUUGAUUUUCCGCCGUACCCACUACUUUUGUUUGUAGGCAAGGAGAAGACUAUUUGAAGAUCAAGAGCAAAGUUGGGAUGACAUGGAGUCCUUAUUAGGAAGAAUUGCUAGAUAUCUAUCCCCAAUUAUUUUUAUACAGAGCACAUUUGUCAGCUCUCAGAAUUUUUGCUAAGUUGGGAUCAUGAAUAUCACUAUGUCAUUAUGCUAGAUUUUUCUUAGUUCUAUAUCGUGUUUUAGAAGAUAAUUACUUGCUUCCGAUUUUAUUUAUCAUGUUUAAAGUUUGUGAGUACAAUUCACAGGAAUAAAAGAACAGUAGGCAUUAUUUCUCGGUGAGGAUGUGAGUUUCUAAGACAUUGUAUUAAAAAUCGUUGGUAAACAUUUCUCCAGAGUUCAGUUUGUUGCUUUGUUAUUUAAUGUUUCCUUAAUUGGAAUAUUAUA